CAAGAAACGUUCUCAGAACAUUCGAUUGUUAUUAUUAUUAUUAUUCCAUUAUGAUUAGUUCUAGGGGUGCCAAUACUUUUGCAAACCAAUGUAACACGUUUGUAACCAAAAGGUCAUUGCAUUGGGUUUUUGGUACAUUCCCGUGCAGUAAAAUGUAUUUUAGUCGUAUUUUAGGUAACGAACAAACAUUUGGAUGUUUUUUUGCAAGGAAACCGCUUUAUUUCACGUACAACAGCGAGCAUUUCGGGGCCUUUUCAAAGCGCGGAACGUGUCGACCAAUCAGAUCUCUCAGCGCGGUGAAAAGACGCACAGCGAUGAGCGUUCCGGCCGCUCUGAUUGGCUGAGCGCCUCACCGAUUCCCAAACGCAGGGAGAAUUCUAGCGCCGCGUUAGUCCCGCCUUCGCUUCCUGAUUGGUCAGAGUCUCAGCAGGGAGGCGUGUGAUUGGCUGGAACGCCUGCUUGUCUCCUGAGCGCUGUGGAUAAGACGUGCCGACAAAACACCUUGCUGUGGAUUUAUAGCUAUUGGAGAUAAAAAACAGUAUUUUGGAUGCAAUGGAAUAAGACGCGGUUCUGGAUGUGGAUCGGAGUGUUGAGAUGUUCUGCAUUAUAUAUCUUUUGUAAUAACAACAACAAAUAAUAACCUAAUGGAAAUUGGAGGACGGAAUCCGAUCUCAGCAGCGGCGUUGUUGUUUGAGGAGAAGGUCUGAUAGAGAAAAAAGAGGAAGGGAGAGGAAGAGAUGCUCAUGAUGGUGAUGAUGAUGAUGUUCUCGUCUCCUGCUUUCUCCCUCAUGGCGCUCGUGUGUCUCGGAUGGUCUUGCGCGCAUGAUGCGGUGAGGAAACCUCGCCAGAUCCUGAGCUCAGGUGAAGCAAAUCCUCAAUCCAACCUGCGCCCUGGUGCAGCAUCCAUCCCCGGCCUGACUCCUGCUCCCACCGUGCCGUCCUCAUCAUCCUCACCAUCCUCACCAUCCUCAUCUCCAUCAACACCCACGAUCGUCCCCAGCACCCCAUCCCUGCGAGAACAACCGGCUCUCCUCGAGCUCCACGAAGCCAGAAAUGCAGCCGCUGUUUCUUUGCUGCCACAAAGACGCCUGAGCUCCAUCGCUGAUAACGCUGAGGACACAGGGGUUAUCACAACCUCAGACAAUCCCCAAGAGCUGGUGUGUAACUGCAGUAUGGAGGGUGUGUUGGAGCCGGAUGAUUGUGACCGUGAUACGGGACAGUGUGUGUGUAUGGCGGGUUACACGGGGCUGCAGUGUGAGGAGUGUGAGGAAGAUCAUUUCAGCAACGGGACCAUCGGCUGCCUGCUCUGCGGCUGCGACACGUUCGGCGCCGCCGGCCCCGGAUGUGACAGUUCAGGGACGUGUGUGUGUAAGACCGGAGUGUACGGGCCCAAGUGUGAUGACUGUUCUCCAGGAUUCUUUCACUUCAGCAGUACAGGAUGUCAGCCAUGCCAGUGCAACGGACACUCCACCUACUGCCACCCGCAAUCCGGUGUGUGUAUGGACUGUCAGGACAACACUCAGGGACAGAACUGUGAGGAGUGUGUGCCACGAUAUUACAGAGCCCCAGGUGUUGGAGGUGGUGUGAAGGACGAGUGUGUUCCCUGCCCCUGUCCCAUCUACAGCUCUUCAGGCAUCUGCCACCUCGACUCCAGCGGCAAAGCUGUAUGUGAUGAGUGUAAGCCCGGCUUCGCACCCCCCACCUGUGAAGUGUGUAUGGACGGCUUUUAUAAAUUAGGAGGAGAGUGUGUGCGCUGUGAGUGUAACGGAAACGCUGAUCCACGCUCGGCACCUCGGACCUGCCAUCCUGAGAGUGGGCACUGCCUCCUGUGUGCCAACCACACCACAGGAAUACACUGCGAGCUUUGUGCUUUAGGAUACACCGGGGAUGCGCUCACUCACAACUGCACUCUGAGAGCACCAAGGCUCCUCCCACUUCCUACAAGAACAUCCAUCAUCACCAGCACCUCAGCACCUCCUUCAUCCCUCCUCUUCACCUCCUCUCCCGCGUCUGCCGGCCACAGCAAAGCCCCGCCCCUCCAGUCUGGCCCGGGAGACCCUGCAGCCGGCAACAGCACGGCCUCAGCGCUCGCCGUGGUCUCGUGGACGCAGUUCAACGUCAUCGUCCUCGCCGUGAUCAUUGUCCUUCUGGUGCUUCUCAUGGGCUUCGUGGGUGCGGUCUACACGUACCGCGAGUACCGCAACCGCAAGCUCAACGCGCCCUUCUGGACCAUCGAGCUCAAGGAGGACAACAUCAGCUUCAGCAGCUACCACGAUAGCAUCCCGCACGCCGAGCCCGGCGUCCUCCUGGAGGAGGAGCAAUGCCAGGCUCCGCCCAACGGCCAGCUCGCUCUGGCGCCCGCCGCUAACGCUUACAAGGCGUGACACGAUGCGUGUUACCACAGGAAAAGACGCUUCACAUUUUCACUACGAGUUGCUAACAUCUCAAUCCGCCGAAAAUGGCUUUUGGAUUAUUAAUGGAAAGUCGCUUUGAAGGAUUUGUCACUUUCUCCUGUUGUCAGAGGGGCCGUGGUAACGGGAUCCAGAAUCAGAAACCCAGAAAAGACACUGUAGGACAUUUUCUCGUCAUUUCUCAUGGAGCUAAUGCUAUAAUCUCACUGCAGCCUAUUGGCCAGUUAAACAGUGCUAGAUGGCAUAGGAAGCGUGCUAAUGAGCUCUAGAAUCUGACGAUAAGUCAUUUUCAAAGAACGAAGGCUUGCGCUAGGGACUUACUGUAAUGUCUUGAUGCAGCGAAUCGUCCUUUCAAACCCGUUUCUUCCGUCUUAAUGCUCUUAAUGUACAAAGCGUGAAAGGAAGUGUGUAUGGAUACGAUAAACAUUACUCACCUUGUGCUACAAGCGAUUGUGUGGAAUUGGAUAUGAGCUGAUGUUAGCAUUACAGGCUGCUUGUUUACCCGCUAAGGCCAUUUUUGAAGAACCACGAUAGAAACCGAUGAUAAAAAUAUUUGGAGGAAACCAAGCAUUAAUACUAACAUCAUGUACAGCAGUUGGUUUUAUUUUAUACAAAAUGCAAAAGAACGUGCACCCAUGAAAAUCAGAACCUGAGAAACAAAUGUCCUUUAAGCUUCCUAAGAUCCUGACGUUAACACGCUAGCGCUAACUUCACAGUCCUUUGAAUUUCUCUCAUGUCUAUGCUGCGAAAUCUCCUUUUCCUGACUAGGAAUUGAAACUUUAGCAAGCUAUUGCUAAUAACAUCACAUGCUGUCAAUUAAACCUAUGUAAAAAAAAAAAAAGGUUAAAAAUGGUGCUUGUUACCGCUUUAUACUUUAUGCUAAUGUCAUUUAUGCACAUUGAAUCCUCACCCCUCAAAAAUGCGCCACAAAUAGGGAACUAAUGGUGUCUGUGCUACGUGUUUCGAACUCGCUGACUCUUUGACCGACCCCUGGGAAACCACACCCCAUUACAAUUUCCGGGAAACUCAAUUUUCUGUAUUUCAAAACUGGCUAAAAAAAAACACAUGGAUAAAUUGGCGUUGCUCAGAGCAGACACAUUUAACCAGCGGUCUACCUCAUCGUAAAACCCCAAACCACCCCUCCCCAACCCUUCCCCUCCCCUCCAAACAAACCCCCCGCUACAUAGGAGUCAUGCAACACAGCUGUAAUCAUCCUACUGACUCUUAGUCACAGCUUCAUCCUCAUUCAGCUGACAUUUCUCAACAUCACAUGCCGUCUGAGACCCGGAAACUUUCGAUAUGAUCUGAUUUGUCAUCAGAGGACCUUCUCCACAUCUUCACUGGCAGAAGAAACUUUUUGGGUUCCCGUCAUGAGCCUGAAAAGUCACAAUAUUGUUUUUAGUGCAAUUAAUUUAUAAUUGACCAAAAAUCUGACCUUUAGAACACACAAAAAAAAUGGCUACUCUAAAGCCAUUUUCUCAGCCACACUCUCUCAAGCCACACCCUCUCAAUCUCACUAUUCUGUUGCCAUCAUCCAGGCCACACCUCCACAAUUUCUAUUUUGAAGUCAUUUUCUCAGCCACACCCCCUCCGAAGCCAUGCUUUAUAACUACACAACAUCAAUCUUGCUAUUCUGAAGACAUGCUUCUGGCCACGCCCCUUCACCUCUCAGAACUUGUACACCUGGCCACGCCCCUUCACCUAUCAGAACUUGUACACCUGGCCAUGCCUCUUCACCUAAAACGAAAAAUACGGAUUUAAUGCGUUUCAGAUUUGAAAAUCACAUUAUAUUGUAAAGGUAUUGGCACAUGACAUGAGACUGACAAAUUCAAUUUGAUAAUUUGUUGUUUGACCUGCACUUAGUUGCUCUGUGUGUGUGUGUAUGUAUGUGUGUGUGUGUGUGUGUGUGUGUGUGUGUGUGUAUAGAGCUGGUUUCUAUACAAGAAUGUACAAAGACUUUCUGUGCAUGUUGAAGGAUCAUGCACAGAUUCACUCAAGGUUCAGACACAGCGUUCUGAAACCGAAAAGCCAUCUUAAACACGUCCGAGUUUUUUAUUUGAUUUGUUUUUUGUGAACUGAAAGCAGCGAACACAGUUGUCUUUUUGUAAGAGCGUGGUGUAAUGAAAUGUAGCGGACUGGGCUUGUUAUUUAUUUAUUUUUGUUCUUUUGAAAAAUUCCCUUCGAAUGUGAGGUGGCUCAGAAUCUGCAAAAUGCAAAUGAACUGAAAUGGACUGCAAGUUUGUAAUAAUGUCUUAUUAUUAUUAUUAUUUGUAAUUCCGAUUCAUUUCCCUGUCGAUGCGUGCUGUUGCAUUUUUGUUCUGCAUUUGUAGUGUACACGUGUACACGACCUCCGGAUUGCGUCAAACCGAACGUCAGAAAGCUUCAACAUCCCCUUUUUAUUUUAAUCACGAGACAAUGGCUGCAUAUGACGAAAAAAAAACAUACUUCCAUACGCUUCUUCAUGUUCCUGGCAUGCAACGAAAAAUAUAGUGAUAUUAAAGUAUAAAACUAAUUUAUGUGUCCAAUUAGAGGAAGGCCAAUAGAUUGUGAGGAUUUGGGGGGCUGGUUUUGGAUGGGUCACAUUUCAAAUAAUUCUGUUUUCCAGGUCUGAACUGAAUUAUGGUAAUAAUAGUAAAAGGCAGUAAAGUCAGACUUUACCCUCUACGCCAGCAAAUAAGUAAAACACAGAUUUUUACACACGAACCACAGAACAAAAAUAUGGUUGAAUCCGGUCAUGCAGAAGCAUAAAGCGAACACUGUUUCACUGCGGCUCAGAAAACCCCCACAAAGCACCAUGUAUAUUUUAGUUUUUGGCUAAACAUCGAUAAAAACUCUGAAGCACUUAUUUCAACAUGGAGUAAGCAGCAAAACCAGAGCAAACCUUAUAUAAUCUACUCAUAGCUGCUGUUUGUCACCACAGGUUGUCUAGCUUUACCUGGACUUAUUCAACUUUUUGAAGCCCUCCUUCUUGCUAGAACGUCUUGGAGGUGGUAGCUCAGUGAUUAAUGCUCUGGCUUACUGAUCGGGAGGUCGGAGGUUCAAGCCCCGGUAUCGCCAAACUGUUACUGUUGGGCCCUUGAACAAGGCCCUUAACCCUAUGCACUCCAGGGGUGCUGUAUUAUUAUUACCCCUGCUUCCUCACAUUGCUGGGAUAUGCGAAGAAAGAAUUUCAACGUGCCGUAAAGUAUAUGUGACAACCCCAAAUCUAAAAAAAGUUGUGACACAGUGCAAAAUGUAAUUAAAGACUGAUGCAAAUCUCAUAAACCCAUAUUUAAAAGAAAAAACAUUAAAUGUUUAAUCUGAGGCUAUGUACCAUUUUGAGAAAAAAAUAAGGUCAUUUUUACAGUUGGGACAGGGCCGUGUUUCCCACUGUAGCAUCACGUUUUCUGUUCGUAUACAUCUGGGAACUGAGGAGACCAGUUGCUGAAGUUUUGGGCGAGGAAUGUUGUUGGAUACAUGUCUGAUCCAGGAUUCUAGCUGCUCAACAGUUCUGGGUUUUCUUUGUUGUAUUUUUUGUUUCAUAAUGCUCCAAAUGUUUUUUAAAUGGUAAAAGGUCUAGACUGCAGGCAGGUCAGUUCAGCACUUGGACUCUUUUACUUUGAAGCCUUGCAAUUGUAAUAGAUGUAGUAUGCAGUUAGCAUUCUCUUGUUCAAAUAUGCAAGGUCUUCCAUGAAAAAGACGUUUUCUGGAUGAAGCAUUUGUUGCUCUUAAACCUGUAUCGACCGUUUAAUAUUGAUGGAGCCUUUUCUAAAUGUGUAAGCUGCCUAUUCCAUAGGCAUUAAUCAGAAUCCAAAGGUUUAUUGGACAAGUGUGUUGACACACACAAGGAAUUUGGUUCCAGCUGAUAGUGACUCUUGAAAUUACAGGCAUAAUAACACUAUACAUUUAAAUCAGAUUAUACAAGAGUGAUGUUAGAUAAAGAGGUUACUUUAGAACAUUUCUACAAUAUACAGCAGCAAUAGUGUGUGUUUUAUGGGGAUGAAGUGAUGACUAACUUUUGGGAUAAUGCAGUACUUAUAGAUAAUAAGCAGUAUAUUAAGCAGUAUAAUUUCGGUAAGUUGUUAAUGAGGGUAAUUGCCUGAGAAAAGAAACUGUUCCUGUGCCUGGCAGUUUUGAUUAACAAAGUUCUGUAGCACCAGCUAGAAGGGAGGAGUUGAAAGAGGUUGUAUUCAGGGUGCGAAGGAUCAGUAGUGGUUCUUGUAUAGUACAAGUCUUGGAGAGUGGGCAGGGGACCAAUGAUUUUUUUUGUCCAGUUUUGUUGCUGCUCCAAACCAGAUGGUGAUUAUUGUGCACAGGACAGAUUCAAUGAUUGCAGUGUAGCAUUGUAUCAGCAGCUUCUGUGGCAGAAAUAUUGCUGUAGAAAGUCCAUUGUCUGCUGGGGUUUUUUUUAGAAUAGAGUUUUUUGAUGGAACCCAAUUUCCGGUCUUAGGAAAAGGAAUUUCCCAGAAACGUAAAGGUCUCCACAGAUGACACUGGUAUUGUGCAUGGAAGUAGUGUUGACGCAUCCCUGAGGAGCACCAGUGCUGACUGUCUAAAUACUGGAGGUAAAAACCCACCCCCACUCUCACCUGUUGUUUCCUGCCUGUCAGGAAUCUGGAAUUUCCACAAUUAUUGUAUAAAAAAACAAACUGAAAUGGGCAAACAGAAUCCAUGCAUAUGUCCCUGAUCAGUGAAGGUGUUGCAAAAUGUAGUGCAGCCCUAUGUUGACUGCAUUAUCCACCGGUCUGUUUGCUGGGUAAGCAAACUGUAGGGGAUCCAGCAGGUGUUCUGUUACAUUUUUAGGUGGGCCAAUACCAGCUGCUCAAAGGUCUUAAUGACGACAGAUGUCAGAGCAACAGGCCUGUGAUGGAGGAUUUCUUGGGGACCGGAAUGAUAAUGGAGAGUUUAAAGCAGGAGGGGACUUCACUUAGCUCCAGUGAUCUGUUAAAGAUAUGGGUGAAGAAAGGAGCCAGAUGGUCAGCACUCAUAUACCAUCAAAGAUGUGGCUUUUCCAACUGAGUGCUGAUAACAAGCCAGAUGAUUCCUCUCCUCUUUAGCCUGGAGAACAUAAGGCCAUGGUUCCCAAAGGAAAUUUUUAUUCUUUAGACCACAGAACAGUUUUCCACUUUGCCUCAGUACAUUUUAAAUGAGCACUGGCUCAUAAAGGAUGGAUCAUGUUCACACAUGCCUUCUUUUUUUGAUUAAACUUCAGUUUUAACCUGCAUUUGUGGAUAACAUGACAAACUGUGUUCACUGGCAAUGAUUUCAAAUUGAAAAUGACCUUAUUUUUUUUGUUAUAAUUCCUCAGUUUAAUCAUUUGAUUAGUUUUUAUGUUCUAUUGUGAAUACAAUAUGGGUUUAUGAGAUUAUGCACCCAUUUGCACCUCUCUGAAGUGUUCCUCCUGGCCACACCCUCUACAUUUCACUUCUUGUAAGCAAUCCUCCUGCUCACAUCCACUUAAUUUCAACUCUUAGAAGCCAUCCUCCAGGCCACACUCCCUCAACUUCACCUUUUUAAAGUCAUUCUCCUGGCCACACCCCCUCAAUUUCACCUCUUUGAAUCCAUCCUAUAGGUCACACUGAAUCAGUCAAAUCUGGAAGCCAUUCUCCAGGCCACACCCCCUUACUCAUCUCUUUGAAACAUUUCUCAAGGUGUCACUGACUCACUCACAUCUGCAAAGCCAUUCUCCAGGCCACACUUCCCCAAUUUCACCUUUCUGAAGCAGUCCUCCAGGGAUCACUGACUGAUUCACAUCUGUGGCCUUCAUUCAGGCCACAUGGCCUCACUUACUGCUUUAGAAUGAUUACUGAAAUCCCUUGAGAACUUAACCGAGCAUAAAGUCAGCAAAACAACAUUCCUGCCACCCUACAAUGGUAGAGUAUAAAUCGUAAUUGUUGCAAUAAAACUUAAUUUUUAUUUUUUUAAGAAAAGUUGAAUUACGCAAUGUUGCAUUCUGGCGUCAGAGGAAGUGUCAGGAAAGGGCUACUUCCGCAGACCAGUUGCUCGUGUGUUUUUUUUUUCAAUGUUAGUGAAAGCAUGCAUCCUGAGCAUCCAUCACACCCACAUGUGCUUCAUCAGCAUGCUAUGGAAUGUCCUUAUGUGCUAUAGCUUUAAAUUUUGCCUUUACUGGAACAUAGUGUUGAGCUCAAACCUGGUUCCAGCAUGAAGAUGCCUCUGUGCAAAAGCCAACUCUGUGAAGAUAUGGCUGUUGGUGUGAAGGUUCGAAUGGAAGCACUCAAGUGUCCUGUACAGAGUCCUGAUCUCCUCAACCCUCUCAGCACUCAUCAUCUUUGGGAUGAGCUUGUACUGGAACUGGAGCCUCUUCAAAACCCAGACACCAGCACCUGAUUUCACAAACCUUCUUGUUAAUGUGAUACUUAGUGAUCUACUGGAAAGCCUUUGGUGAAGAGAAGAGUGGCACUGGAAUGGGACAAGCAGGACCUAUGCGUGUAAUGGUGCAAUGGUGGGGUGCACAAACUUUAGGUUGUAUAGUGUAUAAAAAUGCCUUACGUUGAAUUUGCGUACAAUAGGAUAUGAUGUGCAUCGACUAUCCUGCAAAUAAACAUGAAAUACGGUCAACCCCAUGCCACGAUGUGAACUCCAGGUCAGAAAUUAAUCUUAAAAUAGAACUGUAUAAAAGAAACAAAAUGACACACAUUUCCUCUUGCUUCACUCUUGUGUGUGUGUGUGUGUGUGUGUGUGUGUGUGUGUGUGAUUUGAUUCCAAAAAUCCAAUCACGACCCAAGGGUACCCCUGAUCUCGAAGUGACGCAAAUGAUCCCUUUUGACAUUUUGUAAAUAUUUUGACUAUAUAAAGUGAGCAAAUGUUUACGCUGUACAUCGGGAUACAGUAUUGUACAGUAGACAUUGUUUUUGGUUGGGUUUUUGUUUGCAGUUAAGACCCCAUGUACAUCAGACAAGAUCUGUUCAAACCCUUUUACUCAGUUCCAGUAAAAGUAUCAUGUGGUUAAACA